AUGGGCAAGAUUGCAACGAUGGAGUGGUUCCGGGUGCCGCCCCGCUGGCUCUUUGUCAAGAUCACGGACGAGGCCGGCAACGUUGGCUGGGGCGAGGCGUCGCUGGAGGGACACUCGCAGGCCGUCGAAGGCUGUCUGGACGCCUGGUUUGCGCGAUACAAGGGCAUGGAAGCCGACGACAUUGAGCACAUCUGGCAGCUGUCCUGGCGCACCAGCUUCUACCGGGGCGGCCCGGUCUUUAUGAGUGCGCUGUCGGGCAUCGACAUUGCCUUGUGGGACCUGAAGGCGCGGAAACUCGGCGUGCCCAUCUACCAGCUGCUGGGCGGCAAGCUGCGGACGAAGCUGCGCGUGUAUGCGUGGAUCGGUGGUGACCGUCCGGGGGAUGUGGUGAACCAGGCUCCCAGGAUGGCACGCCGCGAGCAGGGCUUCCGGGCCGUCAAGAUGAACGGCACCGAGGAUCUCGGCUGGCUGGACCGACCGGCCGCUCUGGACGACUGUGUCGAGCGGGUCAAGGCGGUGCGGGCACUCGGAAUAGAUGUCGGCGUCGACUUCCACGGCCGCGUGCACAAGCCGAUGGCCAAGCAGCUGGCACGGGCGCUGGAGCCGCAUCGGCCGCUCUUCAUCGAGGAGCCGCUUCUGUCGGAACACGGGGCCGGGAUCGAGCAGCUGGCCGGCCUCACAACGCUGCCCAUUGCCCUGGGCGAGCGGCUGCACAGCCGCUGGGACGUCAGGGCGCUGCUGCCACACAUCGACGUGCUGCAGCCGGACGUGGCCCACGUCGGCGGCAUCUCGGAGCUCCGCCGCAUCGCCGCCAUGGCCGAGACCUACGAUGUCGCCCUGGCACCGCACUGCCCGCUCGGACCCAUCGCGCUCGCUGCCUGUGUUCAGGUCGAUGCCGCGUCGCCCAACUUUGCCAUCCAGGAGAUGAGCCUCGGGAUCCACUACAACAGCCAGCUCGGCCACCAGGAUCUCACCAGCUACACGACCAACCCCGAGGUCUGGACCGUCCACGACGGCUACAUCCAUCUGCUUGAAGGUCCUGGCCUCGGCAUCAACAUCGACGAGGAUCAGGUCCGUCGCCUGGCCAAGGAUACCGAGCCCUGGGUCUCGCCAGGCUUCCUCGGGCCUGGUGGUGAGGUGAGGGAGUGGUAG